AUGGAACUACGCGAUGGAGGAGAUGGGCCGGAAUGCAGCGAUUUAGGAAAAGUCGAAAUCCCCCGAACAAUCGAGCACCGCUCGACGUGCAAUCAGUCCGACUUUGACUUCAACGCGGAUGAGGUCAUACAACGCCUUUUAGUUAAAUACAAAUCAACCAAUUUCAAAGCCCUGCUCGAAGGUUACGAACGAGAGAUCAAGAAAAGAACGUAUCCCGUGUGCGCGAGAGAAGUGGAAUCGGACCUCGUCCAGGCGGCCGUGGAGUGCGCAGAAGACAGAGCGGUCUACGCGCAAUUGUGCCAUGAUCUGAUCACACUAACUCAGCAGGCACAGAAAGCGAGCGGAAGCAGCCUGAAGUAUCCGAAUCAAACGUUGGACAUGAUGAAAUACUACGCUAAGCUGUGGGCGGAAGUUUGCGAGAAGUCUCAAAAGCUCCCAGUUUCUGAGGGGAGCGAAGCCUUGCUUGCUAAGCUGACAGGUCCCUCGUGGCUAUUGUCACAACUCUGGCGCGACAUUGAGAAUAUCAGAAAGGAAAAGACCUUCCUCAUUCUGCCUAUACGCUUUUUGAGAGUAUUCUAUGCUGUUUGGAGAGAGCGCGGGGGGUUCGGGGUGAUUGUGCGACGGUUGAGAGCGAAACUCAGGGGAGGAUUGAAGCAGGGGUAA